AUGUGGUUGACAAGUGUGUUGGUUUUGACUUUGUCUUAUUCAAGCCUGGCUUCGGGAAAGAUUUCAGACGUUGCUCUUCGGCAAUCGGAUCGCGGAGGACGUGGGGAGCGGGGUUCGAGCCCCGCCCUCGAGCAUCAUCGUGGACGACCCGAGCCUCAAUCGACAAGAGGAGGAAAGGCACAACCUGAAGGCAGAACCAUUGGGGUGAUUGCAGAUUUUUUCCUCUCCGCCCAUUGCUUGCUCACUGAUUGCGAGAAGAGCUCCAAGCGAGCUGAGUAUUGUUGUUCACGCUCCCUCAAUCCAGAUUGUUGCUCAAGGUCAUCAAAUUCGAUCUAUGAUUACUACCACCAGCAUCAACAUUACCACAAUCCUGGAUAUCCUGCCAUCCCUGGAUCUUAUCCCGGAUCCUAUCCUCCUUAUCAGCAGCAAUACCCUCAGUACCCUCAAUAUCCACCAGGAUCCCCGCAGCUCCCUCCAAAGUACCCAUCUGCUCCAUAUCCAGGCUAUAACCCUUACAAUCCCAUAAGUCCAGUGUCGCCAACUUAUCCACAGGGGAUUCAAAAGCCUGGAUCCUGUCCCAGGAACUCCAGAUCGGAUUGGCAGUCGGACUACCACCAUCAAAGCACCUACAGUUCGAAAACAUCCAGCGUGGCCGGGAAUUACAUUCGGUCUUGUUCGUACGACUUUGAGUGUCCGAAUCAAGAGAAGUGCUGCCACACCGAGCUUCAUCGCGGCAUUUUCACCAUGAACUGUCAAUAUCCUAUACGAUCCUCUUACUAUUAUUGA